UUUCACUAUCUCUUCUUACAUUUGCUCCAACAACCGGCACAGAAACUAGCUUAUCUUUUCUGACAACAUUCACUACUGCAGUUGUGGGUCAAGUUUACGCAUAACUUUCACCCUCUGGUGAACUCGCGGCCCGCUAUCCGACCGUUGAGAUCUUCCAUUUGCAACCUCACUCACUAGCACACGCGCCACUCACUGGAACACAAUCUGUUACAGCUUUAUGAUGCACCAUAUCACACAUCUGACCGUCUGCAACAUUUUGGACCACCCCCCUGGCCAAAGCAUUACAUAAGGUGCCACACCACAAUUGCGCAGACGCAUCCGUUUUUUGGGCGCCUUUUGUUACAGUGAAUCGACAUUUCUUCGUUAUAAAACGUGAUCACCACCGUUGAGGAUGAUCCACAUUGUGUUUGACCGCCAGACACGCCAGGCAUUUUGGGUAUCGUCGUGAACAACACUGACACGAAAGCACUAAAACAUGAAGGUAUUUGUCACCGUUUUGUUUGGUGUUUUUAUCACAAACUGUGCGGCACAUUCCACCAAGUUGGCACUCUUCACACCCUACGAACCGGUUCACCCACUCGAUGAAGGAUAUUUCCCACGGCCAAAGUAUUUCGAGCACGUCGAAACGGGACUGUUACAGGAGCAUCCGAUUGUGAGAUUUCCCGAUUCGCACGCACAUUCUUACGAACCGGAGGUGUCUGAGUUCCACUAUCCACACACCCUUCACCAACCUGUUCACCAUCAUCGCCACCAGCUGUUUCUACCCGAUAAGCGAUAUCUGAGCUUUGUCGCUCCGUCCGCAUCCCUGGUGGCGUACGUUCCAGUACAACGGGGCAAACCAGGCCCGUGGGCUGUACCGAACGUGUUCAUUAAGGGACAGGGUUACAGCACCAACCAUUACGUUGCACCGACGCUGAUGACGAAGCUCCUUGCACAGGAUCCCCGAUAGUUCUGUGGAAAUUCUCAACGAAAACAUCAACAAUAUUGACCACAUCUUGUGUUCCGGUGGGAGAAUAUUCUGCGAGAAAUACAGCUGUUUAUUGACUAAGUUUUAAGUGAAA